CAGAAGCUCUGGAAUCUCAGAAACCUUCACUGUGGAAGAAGCAGUUGAGGCUAUUGGUUUUGGAAAGUUUCAGUGGAAGCUGUCUAUGCUAACAGGAGUUGCAUGGAUGGCCGAUGCUAUGGAAAUGAUGCUCCUUAGUAUUGCAACUCCUCAACUGCGCUGUGAGUGGAGGCUCUCCAGCUGGAAAGUGGCAUUCAUAACAGCGACAGUGUUCAUUGGAAUGAUGAUCAGCUCCUCACUUUGGGGGAACAUUUCAGACAAGUACGGCCGAAAAGUGUGUUUAAUACUCUGCAUGCUGUGGACAUUGCACUAUGGGCUUCUCAGUGCUUUCGCACCUGCUUACAGUUGGAUCUUAGUCUUGCGAGGCCUCGUGGGGUUUGGCCUUGGAGGAGCCCCUCAGUCAGUGACAUUAUAUACUGAAUUCCUCCCGAUGAAAUCCAGAGGGCUAUCCAUAAUCCUUUUAGGGGUGUUCUGGGCCUUGGGUGCUGUAUUUGAAGUGUUACUGGCUAUGGUGGUCAUGCCCACAUUAGGCUGGAAAUGGCUGCUAGCUUUCUCCACCCUUCCUCUAGUUGUCUUUGCUGCCUCCUGCUGUUGGUUACCCGAGAGUGCUAGAUUUGAUGUACUGAGAGGCAGAGAAGACAAGGCCCUGGACACUUUGAAAUGUAUAGCAGCAGCUAAUGGGAGCUCUGUGCCUGCUGGAAGACUUAUAGCCAACACACAGACUGAUCGUGGGAGGAUUAGAGAUCUUUUUAUUCCAGAAUACCGAAAAACAACACUCUUAGUGUGGUUUAUCUGGUUUUGUAAUGCUUUUUCAUAUUAUGGUAUUGUGCUGCUGACCACUGAGCUGUUCCAAGCAGGAUCUGCGUGUAGUGCCACCGACAACUCAAAUAUGGAACCUCAGUGCAGUUUGGAGUGCAAUUAUCUGACUUUUCAUGAUUAUGUGGACCUUUUGUGGACCACCUUAGCAGAAUUUCCAGGUAUUCUGGUGACCCUGUGGAUGAUUGAUCGAAUUGGCAGGAGAAAAAGCAUGGCAGUUUGUUUUUUAUUGUUCUCUGUGUCGAUUUUGCCACUGUAUGCCUGCACACAAAGGACACUUCUCACAGUCUUUAUUUUCAUUGCUCGAGCCUGUAUAACAGGGGGCUGGCAGGUUGCAUAUGUUUAUACACCUGAGGUUUUCCCCACAGCAACCAGAGCUAUUGGUAUUGGUACAGGCAGUGGGAUGGCUCGUGUUGGAGCUCUCAUCACACCAUUUAUUGCUCAGGUCCUUCUGAAGUCAUCCGUUUACCUGACUCUGUCUGUGUAUUUAAUAUGUUGCUUGCUGGGCACAGUGGCAUCCUGGUUUUUGCCCAUGGAAACAACAGGGCGGAGCCUUCAGGAAUCAACGCAAAGCACCAUGGAACAAAAAAACAUGGAAAGGCCGCAUGGCUCUGAAACAACCGAGUCUUCCAGCAAUACAUGUCCUUAACAGCAUAUGGAAAACUGAAUCUGUGAAAUCUCAGGAUUAAUAGUGGAAAAGGCC